AUGUCCAAAAUUGCCAAGGCAAACUACAAAUUUGAAAAGGUAAUAAAGUCAAAGGAAGAGCUACUUGAAAUGUACAAAGACAACCCCUGCAAGAUUUAUUUUAUUGAAAAGAACGUAGAUAGAGAGACCAGUGUUUAUGAAAAUGAUAAGUUCUACGAUAUGUGUUUAGGACCACAUAUUAACAGCACUGGACAGGCAAAAGCGUUCAAACUACUCAAAACAAGUAGUGUAUACUUCUUGAAUGAUAGCUCGAAUGCAUCUUUGCAGAGAAUAUAUGGAAUAUCCUUUCCCUCGAAGGAUCUUCUCAAGGCAUACUUGGACAAAGUUGAAAAGGCAAAGGAAAUGGACCACAGGAAGGUAGGUAAGGAAAUGGAUUUGUUCUUCUUCCACAAAUAUUCAGCAGGGUCGUGCUUUUGGCUGCCAGACGGAGCUCACAUCUAUAACAAACUUAUUGAGUUUUUGAGGGGCGAGUACAGAAAGAGAGGAUUUUCCGAGGUUAUCACACCUAAUAUAUUCUCAGUUGAUUUGUGGAAGGAAUCGGGCCAUUAUCAGAACUACAAGGACCAUAUGUAUAUGAUCGAGAAGGAAGACUUUGGCUUGAAGCCGAUGAACUGUCCUGGACAUUGUCUUAUGUUCAGAUCUACGGAACGCUCAUUUAAGGAUUUGCCUAUUAGAUUCGCGGAUUUUGGUGUAAUUCAUCGAAAUGAAAUAAGCGGUGCGUUGAGUGGUCUUACUCGUGUACGCACGAUUCCAGCAGGAUGA